CUUCAAGAAUGCCAGCUGUUUUGUACAAAAACCCUUGAUUCUUGAAUAAAUGAAUGUUAACUGUUAAUUUAUUAGCCAAAAAAUAAAUAAAGAAAAAAAGCUAUUGCCAUUUAACAAACCCAUAUUAAAACAACUCCAACUUAAGCUGAUACACUUUGAAAUCUGACACUUAAACCUUUUUUUUACUUAACACACUUUUCUUGUCCUUCACCUGUGCAUUCUUUUCUCCAACCACAAGGUGCUGUAAUAUAAAUCUCUUGUCCUUUAGCACUGAGGCUGCACGCUAUUAGUGUGCUUUCUUUUGGAACUUGUGCUCUAGUAUUGUCAUUCAAAAUCUUGUAGUGUUUGAGCCGUUGCAGUUGAUGACCCUGUUCAAAGAGGGGUGAAGCUGAGGAGGUUAACAGAAAAUGGGCUUCCCACCCUUCUUGUUAAUCUUUCUGGCGCUGUGUCCUGCAUUUUUGGCACAAAUAGUUGAAGAUACAGCACUUGUGAUUGAUGGAACUGUAAAAAUUGCUGAGACAGAUGCUAAUUAUGUAUGCGCUACCCUCGAUUGGUGGCCUAAAGAAAAAUGUAACUACAACGAAUGCCCUUGGGGCUACACAUCUCUGAUGAAUCUGGAUUUGUCUCACCCCUUUCUGGCAAAUUCUAUUAAAGCUUUCAACCCUUUGAGAUUACGACUUGGAGGUUCUCUGCAAAACCGAGUAAUAUAUGACGUAGGCAAUUUGGAGUCUCGUUGCCAUCCGUUUACCAAGCAGGGGGAUGGGUUGUUUGGAUUUUCAAAGGGAUGCUUACAUAUGAAUAGAUGGGAUGAGCUAAAUAGCUUUUUCAAGAAGACGGGAGCACUUGUGACCUUUGGCCUGAAUGCCUUGCAUGGGAGGCAGCGGACGGGUAAGCGUUUGUGGGGAGGGAAUUGGGAUUCCAGCAACGCCCAUGAUUUCAUAAAUUACACUAUUUCCAGGGGCUACCAGAUACACUCAUGGGAAUUUGGAAAUGAGUUGAGUGGUAAGGGGAUUGGUGCAAAUGUUAAUGCCGAGCAAUACGGAACAGAUGUUAUCCAUCUUAACAAUCUCAUAGACCAACUGUAUAAGCAUUUCCAACCCCGACCACUUCUCUUAGCACCAGGAGGAUUCUACGAUAAAGAGUGGUAUGAGAAGCUCCUUGAGGUGUCAGGGCCAGGCACUGUCGAUGCCUUGACUCAUCAUAUAUAUAAUCUUGGUCCAGGAGGUUGGGAACCAUCCAGUAAAAGAGAACUAGUUGGUAGAACAAAAUUAGGAUCUGACCGCAAUCUCGUCAACAAAAUUUUAAAUCCCCUGCACUUAAAUAAAAUUGCCGACACAUUCAGUAAUCUUACCCAAACCAUUGCAAUGAAUGGUCCUUGGACGUCAGCUUGGGUUGGAGAAUCUGGUGGGGCCUUCAACAAUGGAGGUCAUAACGUGUCUAACACAUUUGUGAACAGUUUUUGGUACUUGGAUCAGCUUGGGAUGGCAGCCAAGUACCACACUAAAGUAUAUUGCAGGCAGACUUUUGUUGGUGGAAAUUAUGGGCUCCUUGACACAAGCACAUUUAUCCCAAAUCCUGAUUAUUACAGUGCACUUCUUUGGCAUCGGCUGAUGGGAAAAGGAGUUCUUGCUGUUAGCAGAAAUUCAUCAUCAUAUCUGCGCUCUUAUGCCCACUGUACAAGAGAUAGAGCUGGUGUGACAUUACUUUUGAUCAAUUUAAGCAACCAAACUCAGUAUGGAGUCAGCAUCGAAUCUAGUGCAACCACCACCUCGCAUGCCAACGAGAAAUCAAAUCACAAGAAGUCGUUUAUACAUGGUCUUAAGAAAACUUUUUCAUGGGUUGGAAGUAAAUCAUCAGACGUUACAUUAUCACGAGAAGAGUAUCAUCUGACUCCACUAGAUGGGAACCUUCACAAUAAAAUUAUGCUCCUGAAUGGAUUACCAUUACAGCUCACAGAAGAUGGAGACAUCCCAAGUUUGUCUCCAGUCAUUGUAAACAUAAAGUCCCCAAUAUCAGUUGCCCCCUUGUCCAUCAAAUUCUUAGUAUUCCCCAACUAUAAUUCUCCAGGUUGUAGAUAGGAUUAGGAAAUAAUGCUCACUCUAUUGAUUCAUACCUUAGUAAUUGUACACUAGCUACAACAAAAUGAGUAGCCAAUUUUUUAACAAUUAUGUAUUAUAUAGCUAGAUAUAUCCCUCCCCCUACUAAUAGUGUUUCCCAGGAACAUGUGUCAUGUAAUGAAAGUUAGUUAUCAACUAGCAUAGCAUUGUAAGCAGACAAACAGCUGUAUUUAAACAUUUGCCACAAGCAGGUAUCAUGUUAAGUGGAUGGGAAAUGA